CAUCCAAGACAUUCUUUCCAGACUCCCGGUGAAACCAAUGCGGCUAUCGAUGGUGGGCCCGUCACUCAUCUCAUCACACUCCACAAUGCGGCUCAUGAUGAUACCAUUAAAGCUGAACAUCUGAAUGGGUUAGUUUUUUUCACUUCCAGAAUUACAAAAUUUCGCGUCUGUUGUAAGCCCGGCUACUCGGUUAAGGCUCUUAUAUAUCCGUGUAAACUGAUUGAGUCUCUUUGGCUUCACAACUCUGGAAAAUCUCAUCAUAGACUCAUGUGUAUUUCUCACAUCAUUUCCUAUAUACGCCUCAUUGUGGUAUUGGAAGUGGCAAGAUCAGUUGGGUGGACUACAACUGCCGGGAUCCUUAUUUUCUCUAUAACAAGCUAUUCAUGGAGAAAAAUUGAUGUGAAACUUCCUUUUGAUAUUAGUGAGGGACAUUGA